CAUAAUAUGUAAAAGUCAACUCAAAAUCGUGGUGGAAGCGCAACAAGUUGUUAAGUUUUUUGUAACCCUUAUUUGAAUUCUAAAAAUAAACUGUAGUUUUGUUAUAAACUGAAAUUUGUGCUGUGUAGUUAGGCUUCAUUGCCAAAGUGCCUGAAAUAUGGACCAAUUUAUGUUUGUUCUUAUGAAAAUAUCAAAGUUUGUCUCUUGGAUUAUGUGUCAAAAUAACCUAACCCAAGCCAAGUAGGUUGGGAUAGGAUGAUGGGAGAAAAUAUAACCAUAAGUGCCUUAAACAAAUCUUCAAUAUUAUUUAUAAAGAAAACUAACAGUUUAUUAAUUUUAAAACUUUUUAAUAAUUUACGUGAUAGUAAAAGUGUUGAAUCUGAAGAAGAAAAUCAACUCUUAUUGUGUAUUCUCUUGGGUGCCUUAUGUUCAAAAUCUGUGCCUAAUAUAUUUCUUGUUGAUUUUAAACUUUCGAUAGUUAACAAAGGAGAAAAUAGGUCCAGAAAAAGGAAAUUAAUAACAAGGUGAGAACAAAAUCUCCAACAUAGUACUAUCAGUAAGCUUUAAGUAAUAGAGAAUAGUUUACUCGUAGGAUAUGUUUAUUGUGGGCUGACAACGAAGUAUUAAUUUGAUAUAACAAAAUACUGCGUAAAAGAAAUUUCUUAAUUGUUGAUCAACUCUUGAGUAAAUAACAAUAUUAAAACAACACAGUAAUUUGGAAAUGAGUUGUAGAGCUGAUGCAAAUUGUAUGGAGGUAUAAAUUCAUUAUUAUAAAAAUUUAUCAUUGAAAAUAAAUAAAGAAAGUAUAUAUAAUAAUAUAAUAUAUAUAUAUAUAUAUAUAAUAAUUGAACAAAAAAAUCAGCUAUGUCAGCCAAAACUAUCAAAGAAUUUGUGGAUAAUGGUCCAUAUGUAUUGAAAAAUAAUAAAUUCAAUUCAAAUGUUGAAAACCACGCGGAAGAGAAAGAUAUUGCUGUAGAAAAUGUUAUUAGACGAUUGAAACAAAAAAAAAGUAUAGAAGUUAAAAAAGUUAAUGAUAUGGAUUCAAAACUAAAGCAAAUUUCUCCUUUGUUGGAAAAAAAAACUGAAGUUGCUGAAUCUUAUCAAUCAUUGUCUUCUAUUAUAAACCUCAAUCCAUUUCAAAAUGAUGAUUCCAAAGCAGUAGUUACUGAACAAAAAAUUUACAACAAAAUAGCAUCUGCUAAAACAACGAAUUACUUGGAAAUUGAAGAUGAUGAGAUAGAAGACUAUUUAGAAAUUGAUCAAAAUGUUGUAGAAGAUUUAGAGGCUUUAAUUCCUGAAGAAGAAAUUGUAUCCAUUAGUAAUUCGCUGAUUCAACCUGAAAAUCAGUUAUUACCUAAAUCAGAGAAUCCAGCAAUUUUAGAUGCCAAACAAGAGGGUACAGAAAUUUCAGAGCCUGUAUUAAUAUGUGAUUUAAAUCAGUCUGAGGAUCCCAAACAUAAAAGAAAAUCUCAAGAUAUUGAGAUUAAACAUGACGAAGAAAUUGAGAAUAAAGUUGACAUGGGUGAAGAAGAUUUGGUUGUAACCGACUCUCCUAGUAAAGGUGAAAUGGAAUCAGAGAAGAAAAAUUGUAACAAAAUGAUCAAUAAUAACGAGCCUGACACUAAAAUAACUAAUUUGAAAACAAGUGAAAUUACAGGAGUAGAAAUACAAAAUUCAAUUAUACCUAAUCAUAAUAAUAAUAAUAAUAAAGCUUCUUCAACAAAACAAGAUCCAAGAAAUCAUAAAAGAUUGAAAAUGAAUUCAAAUACAUCAGGUGCAAACUCAAGAAAAAUAACUGAUUUUUUUAUUCCCAGUGCCACAAAAAUGACAGAUUCUGAGGAACAAAAAUCUAAGAUAACCGAUAUUUCACCCAACAAAAAUUUUGAAGAUGAUAUGACAAAUCUUUCCUCCGAAAUUAUUAAUGUUAAUAAAGAGGAGUUGUCAAUCAACAAAAGAACCCUUCGUAGUAGGUCUAAAUUACCCUUAAAUGAAUCCAAAACAAAGGAAUCACAAUUUAUAGAUCAAAUUCUCAAUUGUGGUAUCAAAGAACAAACUGCAGAUGUGGUAACUUCAGCAGUUCAAAUGGAAAUUGUCAAUACAAAUACCACUAACGAACUGAUAGAUUCAUCUAUUAAUUUACAUAGUACAGAAUUGAAAAAUGAAACAUUGGUUUCUGUUUCAAAAGAAAUUGAAUCUUCUGAAAAAACUAUUGAUCAAAUUGAAAAUAAAACAUUUAAUGAAGUGUCAAACUCUCUCGAACUGGUAAAAACAUGUAGAGAAAGAAGACAGCAAUCACAAUCUGAACCUUCUGAAAUAAUUUCAAUAAGAGACAAUUUCACUCGUAAAUAUCAGCCUAAAAGAAAAAGUAAAAAAAGCGGUAUCAAUAUUUUAUCUGAGUGUGAAGAAAAAAAUGAUAUUCUGAAAGAUGAAGGACAAAAGCUACUAGAAGGAAUGAUUUCGAAUAACUUGCAAGAAAAUAAUGUUAUCGAAAAUAAUCAAAAAGAAGAGAUAAUUGUUCCAAAAUCAUUGAUUGAAUCGGAAUUGAAAAAUAGCAAUGAAAAUCCUAUGUUUGCAGAAAAUACUCUUGAAGAAAAUCAGGAUGUACCUAUUGAGAAUCAGCAUAUAAAUAAGAUCACCAAAAAAAGAAGGAUUACUAAUCAAAGAAAAACUACAAAAGUUGAAAAUACUUCUCAAAAUAUUACAAUUGACGAUGUUGAAACCAAGCAAAGUAUGAAGAGAAAAAGACAAACACGAAAUAGAAAUCAAAACAAAAAUUCAAAACAAAAAAAGGUUGUUGAAAGUCUAGGUACUUCGCCAAUUGAGACUUUACAGAAAAAUAAAGAAACAAAAUUGAAGAUAUACGAUUUUGAUGAUAAAUCGAAUGAAGAAAUAGAAGAGUUGCAGAAAUCAGCAAAAAAGAAAAAAUUGCAUGUUUCGGAAAUAAUUCAACUUGAAAACCAGACAGUAACUCCCACUGAAGAAGAGAGUUCAAAUAUGUCAGUUAAUAAUUCAAAGAAGCUAGUAGAACCAGAAAUUAUCAAUAAUAAUAGACUGAACAAUAUACCUGAGAAUAUUGAAAGUUCUGUUGAAUCAUCAGAUAAUAAGUCUGGUUUUGAAGUGGGUGAAGAUAAACCAGAACUCAAAGAUGUAGAUUAUAAUAGCUCUACAUCAAAUAACACACCUUCUAAAGCAACUGUUGAAACUGGUAAACUAAGUAAUGAAUUCAGUCAGAACUGGAAGCCAGUAUACGGACCAUACAAAAGAAUUGACAGGUGUAAUGUGUGCCUUCUGUCCUUUAAGAGUUAUAAAAAACUACGAGCUCAUAAGAAAAUUCAUGAGGUGGAUAAUCCAUAUAAAUGCCAAAAGUGUGAUGAGUCUUUUGAGGAUGUGGAGAUGUUAGCUGCUCACCUUCGAAUACAUAAAGGUAAAAUGCCAUUUGCUUGUAAAAAGUGUGAUGCUACAUUUUGGACAUCAUUUCAAUUGGACAAACAUCAACUUGUUCAUGUUUUGAAGAAAGGACCUGCCCCAACGAAGCCUCCAUCCAAAGUCUUUAAGUGUGAAGAAUGUGGAAAAGAAUUCAAAAAAAUUUGUGAUUUGGAACGACAUACUCGAGUCCAUACAGGGGAAAAACCUUCCGUUUGUAACAUUUGCAAUAAGAGAUUUCAACAGGCAUAUAACCUCAAUAAGCAUUUGUAUACACAUACCCAGGAAAAAAAUUACGAAUGCGUAAUAUGUCAAAAGAAGUUUGGCCGAAAUGAUGUUCUCAAUAGGCAUGUCCUCACCCAUUCAAUUAUAAAACCUUUCCGAUGUUCUAUUUGCUCAAGAACAUUCAUCAGAAAUAGUCAACUGAAGCUACAUCUUCGCAAGCAUCAUGAUUUAGAUGAGGAUCCAGGAAACUCAUCAAGUACUGUUGAUGAACCUGUUCCCGGCACAUCAGCUACUACGUCGUAAAGGAUAAUAUGAAGUGUGAUUGUUAUGACUUAAGUGAAUGAAGGUGCUGUGUAUAUAUUAUAUAUAGUGAAUUUUUUUUGUUUUGAAGUUUAUUUACAGGAGUUGUAUUUUUGAACUCUUAUUACUUUACUUGUUCAACAAGAUACAUUGGAGAAUUUUUUUAUCCUAUGAUUAGACUAGGAAACAAAUUGUUUACGUUUUAUCAAUGUAAUUUUUCAACAUUUUCAAGAAAUGCAUCGAAAGUAAUAUAUUUGCUUCCUUAAUCAACAUCAUAUUACUGGUAUAUAUUUAGUGUUAUCAUUUAUACCUCUUCAAAACUGAAACUGUUAUUGAAUUUUUUUAUUAAAUUCAUGAUGCCAAAAACAUUGAAAAGAAAUCAGUGACUUGAGAAAAUUUUACCUAUGAAAAUAAUGUAUAUAAUUGUUGCUCUUUCAUCGACCUAAAAAUCCUUUUAAGGUAUUAUGUACAUGUCUUGAUUUUCAUGAUAUAAUUUCUGAAUGAAUGAAUAAUAAUAUUUUCUCUUGCGAUUUCAAAUAGUCAUUUUUUUUAGCAAUUUUGUAUUGCUCAUACCACAAUAAUUAAUUCAUUAACAGAUCUAUUAUUUCUAUUGAUUUAAUUAAUUGUUUAUGUACUUGUUUCAUUACAUUUAUGUGGUUGGUCUUCUCAUUAUUUUUUAUGCUACUUUUUUAGAAGAUAUUUUAUACAUCAUUUCUAAUCAUGGGUCUAUUUUGUCGAGUCUACAAGAUUUUUAUUUAAUAUAUAUUUAGGCAUGUACAUGUUCUGUGUGAUUAGUAUGAUAGAAAUAUUUACAAAUCAUUCAUUGAAAUCAAGAGAUAUCCGACUAUGGAAGUUCUAUAGUUAUUUUGGCAAACAUUGAUCUUAAAUUUAACAAGUUUCUUUGUAAGUCAGGUAUCUCUAGUAUAGAAUUUAUUUGAAUCUAAAAAGUGCCUUCCAAAAAAAUUUGUGCCUUGAUGAAAUUUUUUUCUUUUAAGCCCAAAAUAUUGUGUGUAAUGUUGAUUUUGGUUGUGCAAUGAUGUAAUAUCAUGAUAGAAUAAAUCAUAAUUUAAUUUUAA